GUCUUGCCUCACUUCCGGAGGAAAACUGAAUUCUGACAUUUAAAAGAGGAUAUAAUCUGUUGCUCACAUGGCUGAGGUACCAGAGAUUGGAAAAAAGAGAAGAAGGAGAGUUGAAGAAGCAGAUAGUGCAACUCCUGAAGAUCCGAAAGUGGAACCCUCGGUCAAUAAUGAUAAAACAACUGUAGGUCAAAUAAUCUGUGAUACAGAUGGAAAAGGAGAUGCAAAUGCCUCUGAAGAAACUGAAUUCAAAAAAAUAAAAUUGGAACAGGAAUCUGAAGAGAAGAAAACUGUUAAUGUGCUUGACACAUCCAGUAUUGCUGUGCCAGAGGAUGGAGAGAAUCCCCCAGAAGAGGCAAAUAGAGCUGUUCCUCAAGAUUCAAAGACAGAGUCCAUUGUUACAGUGGAGGAUGAUACAUCAAAAUUAGGUAAAGAACAUUGUGACACAACUGAAAAGGGAGACGUUGGUGAUCCUGAGAACACAAGAUCCGAAAAAAGAAAGAAGGUACCUGAUUCUGAACACAUCCCUGCAGAUAAAACACAUACAGAAGCUGUAGCAGCACAUUAUAAUAAGCUUGAGGAAGUUGGAUUGGAACAACGGAGUUUGAGUCGCAUUUUCUAUCUUCGAAAUUUUAACAACUGGAUAAAGAGUGUUCUUAUUGGUGACUUUCUUGACAGGGUACGGCAGAGAAAGCAAAACAUUUCUGUUCUAGACCUGGGAUGUGGUAAGGGUGGAGAUCUACUGAAAUGGAGAAAAGGAAGAAUCAGUAAGCUUGUAUGUACAGAUAUUGCUGAUAUUUCUGUACAACAGUGCAAACAGCGAUACAUGGAUAUGAGAAAUCGUGGUCGUUCAAAUGACAGAAUUUUCAGUGCGGAAUUCAUAACUGCUGACAGCACCAAGGAGCUUCUGUCUAAGAAGUACAAUGAUCGGAAUAUGUGCUUUGAUAUCUGCAGCUGUCAGUUUGUGUACCAUUAUUCAUUUGAGACAUAUGAACAAGCUGACAUGAUGCUUAAGAAUGCAUGUGAAAGACUUUGCCGUGGAGGAUAUUUCAUUGGCACAACUCCAGAUAGCUAUGAACUUGUAAAACGUUGUGAAGCUUCUCAAACUGAUUCAUUUGGGAAUGAGGUAUACACAGUAAAGUUUCAGAAUAAGGGAGAAUAUCCCUUGUUCGGCUGCAAGUAUGAUUUUAAUCUUGAAGGAGUGGUUAAUGUCCCAGAGUUUCUCGUCUAUUUCCCAUUGCUAGUAGAAAUGGCAAAGAAAUAUGGCAUGAAACUAGUCUACAAAAAAACUUUUUGGGAAUUCUAUGAAGAAAAGGUUAAGAACGAAGACCAUAAACUACUUUUGAAACAAAUGCAGGCAUUGGAGCAAUAUCCUGCUGAUGAACAUUCCAAGCUGGUGUCAGAUAAAAAAGAUGACUAUGUGCAUGCGGAAAUGCUCAAGAAUGAUGAAAAACUGAAGCUACCUUUUGGAACACUAAGUAAAUCUGAAUGGGAAGCAACAAGCAUAUACAUGAUCUUUGCGUUCGAAAAGCAGCAGUAAAAAAAGACCAUGAAGGGAAACACUUGAAGCAGUCUAGCAUCCAAAAUGACAGCUAUUUUAUAUUUUUAUGUUGAAGAGUGUGCAGGACACAACCAAACUGGGCAAGCUCAUGUAUGAGUUAUGGUUGCCUGUCUGUGACAGAAGGAAUGUAUAAAUAUGAGAAAGGAGAUGGAAUUCUUCUGUGGGGUUGGGUUUCUUUUUUUAAAACAAAGUGCAUGUUUUUGUAAUGCUCAGGAUGCUUAAAGGAAAAAAAAAGCUUACCACAUAGUUUAUGUACUGUGUGACAGGUUUCGUGAUAUGAAGUGCUGAUUGUAUAUAGCUGUCAUCUGUGUGAUAAAGCAUCUGUUGCCAGGCUACGUCAGCAGCUUAGAAACAUAGAGAAAUGAGGAUUGUGGUAAAUUUCAUCUAGCUGUGUAGUUGGAAGCUACAAUUGAUCAGUUCUUUGUAGAUAUAACACCCCCAAAAUAAGUUUGGGGCUACAGAGUUCAAGUGUUAACUUGAAAUUGCCCAUCAUCAUUGAUUGAUUAGCUGUACAGAGUUGUAAACGAAAAAUUAGCAAAUUUAGAAAUCAGCUGCCUGCAGACUCAACAGAAAAAUCACUGCACCUGACUGAGAAAGUAUGGGCACUUCUGUGCACAGAGCACUCUGUGGGUCAGGUUGUCGCCCCCUUUUGACAAGCUAGUUUAACAAUUAAACUGAAUGGAAUUCUUGCAUGCCGUGAACUCUAUGUGCAUUGGGAAGCCUGACAUCAUUGCUGAGUUGGGCUCUUUAGCUGAAUUCCAUAGUGCAGUAUUUUCUGAGUGUUAAAUAAUUGUAAUAGUUGUUUUGGGUGGGGUGGGAUAGGGGAGAGAUGUUGGAAGAAACCUAGUUUGCUGUUUGUGCUCCUUGGUGUGUAAUUGCCUUUCAUAGCUCGUGUGUCAUCACAAUUAAAUGGAUUUUGGUUCCAUACAAGUGAAGUGUCUGAGAUACUAAAAGAUGCCAUAAGAUCAUCCUGAGAAAUUAGAUUCCCAAUAGUAUACUUACACAAAGUCUUUCAAAGAAUGGGUUAACAUUGAUUUUUUUUUAAAAAAAACCCUCAACUAUUAAUGAAUUGUUCCCAAGAACAGAGACAGUCUGAGCAUGGGAAAGGGAACUGGAAGAAGAAAAUAAAUAAUAUUUUUUAAGAGUGCUCUUGAGUGUUGCUCUGUAAGCUAUGUGUGUUGGUUGCAGGCUUAUUCUCCAUCCUCUUUUUUAUUUCUCUGCAAGUUAGUUCAAUGGGAAUCUCUCGACAGUGAGUCUUUUAAGAUAUUCAGAUAUUUGAAAGGGAGUAAACUGUUGGUGUGGACUGCAUUAGACAUGACUGGUUUUGUACAUAGGGAAAGUAUGUGCCAUAUUUGCAUACAUACGGCUUUAUUUUGCUUAUAUACACAUGGGAAAUCAUGAUAGUCUAUAAUGGUGAAAUACACGAGAAGAAGAAAUGGGAUACAGUUCAGUUGCAGUUUUGUAAGAAGUCGGUAAAUCUAAUUUAGUUUGCCAACUCAGACUGCAAAUCAGAAUGAAAUGUCCCUCUAUACAAUAUUUUCUUGCCCCGUGAAAACUUGCAUCAGGGAAAAGGCUUGCCUAGAACCCCCUUCACGUGCCAGCUUUCUAGGUCCACAAAAAUUUUAAGAGAAGAAUAUUUAAUUCUUUCAGUUACUACGUGCAUUCUGAAGUUGUUCCUAAAAGGCGUGUAGUGGUUGCAUCUUUGCAUAUCUUAAUCCCAACAACUGUGCUUAAAUGUUGCAUUAAGGUAUGCAACGACUUUUGAGGCUCUUUUAAAACAUCCCCAGUAAGGUGUACAUUGUGAGCUUUUAAGCUAGAUAUUUUAGUCUGCUCGAUUAGAAGUGGUCAAUUUCUGUAGUCUUGAGGCUAGAUGUCUGGAGUACUGUACUACCAAGGGAUGCCUUUGAAGAGAUUUCUUUGUCAAUUUCCAAAUGUAGCUGUGGGCAAAGGCCCCUGUAAUUACCUCAUCAAUGCGUAUCAGUGGAGCACUCAUAAAGAGUAGCAGAAAUAGUUCCUGCACUAAAAAUCAUAAGUCCCCUCAGCUGCUCAGACCACCUGAAUGCAUGCCCAUGCUAAUACAGAAGAACUUGUAGACCUGUUUUCAUAAUAAAAUUCCAUAGAGAUGCAUUUGUUAUCCGCAAUGGUUGAGAGUCAAGCUAUAAACAAACAAGCCCCUGGCUUAGUGGACUAUUGCAGGCUUAAUUUCUUCAGCUUCCUCCUUUUGGAGAAGUGAAUUGACAUACCCAGCCCACAUGCAUUUCCUUGACCUCUGCUUCGGUGAUAGUAUCAGCCCAAUUGAGAUUUGGAUCUCUCUAGCUAUCAUCCUUGUACUUUCAUUUUAGAGUAGCUGAUACUGUUGGAACAGCAUUCUAAAACAAUAGCUGUUUUUUUGGGGGGAAAGCCUCUCAAGAUGAGAGCAAUAGAGGUUCUACCACUGGGAUUGUCUCAAGCAACACCUGGUCUAGGCACAGUCCAGUCUAGGGGCAAACAGUGAAAAUAAACAAAGGAAGACUUGUGCUGGUAUUUUAUUUAGAAUGUUUAUAGGCUGUCUUUCUACCCAAAUGGAUCUUCAAACCAGCUAACAAGUAGAUUAAAAUAUAAAGCAGUUUAAAUAAACGGUUAUAAAACACCUAAGCAAUCUGUACUGUGAUUCUUCCACCCCUAUUCUUGGCUUGCAGAAAGUUUUCUUGGCAAUCCACUCCCACCUAAUGAAAUUAAAGAUGGAAGAAUUAAUCAUAAGUGAAAGGAGGGAUGGGGGAGUAGAAUGUUCACUGCUUUUGUUAGGGGAACUUUUCUUUAUUUUCAACAUUUUUUAUUGAAGUAUUAAAAAUGCAUACAACUGUUAAAGUAAGAUAAAACCACUUCAAUUUUAACAAAAAUUAGCUAGUACUAAUAACAACAUAAUCUAUACAUCAAUCAUCAGUUAGGGGAACUUUUCUGUUUCUCCUUGGCUGUUUAUGUUGGGGCUGUUUCCUUUCUCUCUAUAGUGGAGGACAUAGGCUAUGGUUUCUUACCAGCUAGGGAGUUGAGGGGAAAGGAAGAUGUCUGAGUGAAACUAUGCAAAAGAGUUGCUUAGAGCAGGCUGUAAAUAGUCAAAUUUAUAGUUAAAGGAUCCCAGUUGGAGGAACAGGACCUCACUUCAAAAGUUCAAUGGAAGUGAAAUGUUACUUAUACCUUACUUUCUUCUGU